UGGUAGAACAAGCAGGUAUUUUUUUGAUGGGAAGAGUUGCUCUCCAAAGAAAUGCUCACAACAUUAGAUAUUUAAAGAGGAAGGACAUGAUCUGUGCUUCGUCGAUAGGAAACUGCAGCAGCUCACAGAAAUCCUAGAUGCAGACAACAUUAGCAAAUGCGCAACUUGUGCGUAUAGCUGCAUUUCAGAAGCGUAUGAAUAUACAGACCAUCUAGCAAUAAAUGUAACUUAAGGAGCAGAAGGCCUGUUUGCUACUAGAAAAAACUAUGUUUUUUCUACAUUUUGAUCGAGUUAUUCUGAUGCGUUGCUUGACUAUUAAGGACAUGGUGGUAGAGAUCGAUUUCAUUGCUAAUUAUGCAGCUCGCAAAGGACAUUUACACUGUUUCAUCAUGAGGCCUCAGAGCUUCCCCCUUCCUUUCUAAGUAAGGGAUACAAGAAAGAAUCAGCUCUGUAUGUGGGUUUAACUUAAUCAAAUCUUAAAGUGAUUAUGGAAUGAUACUGGCAUAAACAUGUUUAAAAUUGGAGUUAUGUUCUGCAUUCUUUGAAUUUCAAAAUCCCAGAUUUGAUGGUUGAAUUUUUUUUUUUUCGGCCUUAUGUUGUUUUGGGGUUAGGGUGUUUCUGUUUAUUUGGUAUUUUGUUUAAUGUGUUUCUCUAGAUUGUCCAAGUUUGUGUGAAAGUAUUAAUUUUAAAUGUCGUUGGGUUGUUUUCUUUUGGCAGUGGGACCAAACUCUUACGAUAUAUUCAUAUUGCAUGGUUUUUCCCUAAAUUUCCAUUGGCUCAAGAAAGAGACCUUAAAGCCCUUAUUGAAACAGCUAGCAGAGUGAGAGCAGUAAUUUAGAUUAACAUGUUCAAAGGCUCACCAACGGGAUGCACAGAGACACGGUGGGGGCAGGUGGGACUCCCAUAGUCUCAUCAGAGGAAGCAGCCCCUGGUUCUGUCACUGAGGAGCCACCAGCCCCAUUGCCCAGGUGUGACAUGCAGGAAGAGAAGUCACCAGGAAGGCUGUCUGGUACAGCUCACAAGAUCGAGGGUGCUAACUGCCUAGAAAAUAUGGGGCAUAUGGGAUGCAGGGGAAAAGCAUCUUGUGACUGUACAAAAUUUAUGGGGUGCUCGGGGGAGGGGGGACUAAAGGAAGGUGUUUCAGGAGGAACAAGUAUGGGAAAAUAAAAGGAUUAGAUAAAGGGCCUGGUCAGUUAGAAGCAAGUGGCUGGUCAGUAUGUUUGACUGUGUUCUGGGCCAGAUUGCCACAGCCUGUCCUCUUUUCUCAUUAAGGUGCCUUUCUAACCAUUUUGCUAUGCGAGAGGACUCUGCCGUAUUCUCAGGUGCAUACUGAGCUCUAAGUGCCAGCAACUGGAGAUGCACAGUAAGUUGUAGGGACCUCUGUGUCCGGUGUGCCAGCAGCUGGAGGGACUGGAGUGAGUGAGGGCCUAAAUGCCCAGCAGCUGGAGUGGGAACUGUAAGCCACAGAGGCUUGUGUGCCUGCAGUGCCCGUAACUGGGGAGACUGGAGUGCGUGAGUAUGGUCUUGCCAAGAAUGCCAGUGUGUGGUUGCUAGUAAGUAGGAUUAAGAGGUUUGGGAGCCAUGUUUUGAGGCAGCUGUAAGUGUGGGACAGGUACUAGUGAGAUCAGAGAGUCAUCAGUUUACCAGCAGAGUGAGGCUCUGGGGAGUCUGAGGAUUCAGGGUUGGUUCCUGAAUAGGUUGAAGGUCUGAGACCCAUUACAGAGGCAUCCACAUAGUGUGUAUGUUUAUAUUCCCCACUAGCAGACCUUUGUCUGGGUCAGCUGUGGGGAGGAGCAGCGUAAGGCCAGGCCAUGUUUGUGUCUGCAUGAGCACUUGUUUGUAUCUGUGCUGAUCUGUAUGGUCAGCCAUGUGUAUAUGCAUCUUUGUAUUCACAGCUAUGGGAAUUCAUCCUCAGCCUGGCUGGAUCUGGGCACAUGGAGUUGCAGCAGCCUUGUCGUCAGUGGGCUGCCAGGUUCAGCAACCCCCAACACAAAAAUUAGUUUUUGUGUAAGCUUGAAGUUGUAGAAAUUGUUGACUCAUGAAACUUAAAUUUAGAACGAAAUCUCCAAUGACUGUUACGUUGCGAUAGAAUUUGAAAACAUUUAUUGGUUUGAUUGAUGUGUAUAGGGCUACCUACAUGAAUAUCUAAAUACCUGUAUUUGUUUAAGCUUCCAUGAUAGAGCAGUGGAGCAUAAAUUAAACUCAAACCUAGCCUUUUAUUAUAGGUGGUUUUUUUUAAAUAGUGCUUUUUCUAACUCCAGAAGCAAAAAUAGAAAUGUGAAUAAAAGUGGGGAUGUUUCAGUAACCUGGUAGGUUUUGCACUUACCUUUUCUUCUCUGAAUGUCAUAGAAUUGUAGCAUCACAAAAUGAUUUGAGUUGGAAGGGACUUUUAAAGAUCGUCCAACCCGCUGCCGUGAGCAAGGACACCUUUCAUUAGAUCAGGUUGCUCAAAACCUCAUCCAACCUGACCUUAAAUAUUUUGCGUGUCUUCCCCCUGAAUAAAUCUGUGUGUAGAAAAGAAUAUCAGCAAGGAGUGGGGAUAUUUAUCAUCUGACAACUGACCUUCCUUUUAGGUGUUUUCUGGUUCUACUGUAAUGCUGCAGUGUUCAGUUGUUUUUGCUGUCAAGUUAAAAGACUCAGUUUAUGUGAAAUAUCAAGAUAUCAUAAAAAAAUGAAAAUUUCUGUCCUGUUUACUGUUGGAGUUUACAAACAUAUGGAUAUACACCCACACAUGUUUAUAGUGACCCACUGUUGGUAUAAAAUUGAUAGAAUGAUAAGGAGAUUAUUUUAAAUUGAAAACUGUAACUAGAGGCAUUUUAUAUCAACUAUGAAGUACAGCUACCUACCUGCCCUGAGAAAUCCUCUUUGUGUCUGAAGUACUGCCAAAUCAGUUUCUGAUUUCCAGUGUGAUGAAUGCACUUUUUAAAUUUUUCAGCAUUUCCAGCACAUUUAAUUUUUUUUCUGUAGAAUUCAGUUGUAUAUAAUUUCAUAGUUAAUGAGCAGCAAUUAUUUUCAAGUUACUUUCGUUUUUUUCUCUCCAAGCAAGACUAAUUUUAACAGCUGUUGGAGCAGAUAACUGAAACUGUAUUGCAGAGAGACACCUAAUAUUGAAAAGUAGAACAGUAGAAAGGAGACCUUUUCUUCUAGAAGGUGGUGUAGCUACACUGUGGGCAUGCUUGGCUUUAUAUAUUUCCCCACUUUGAAUAUACCAAAGGAAGGCAUUGUUUUAUUGUGGCCAUCUCCCUAUGAGUAUUGCAAAUUUUGAGGGAACUUUGUGGUGAUAGAUUGGGAAAGCAAAAACAAAAAGAUAAUCUUAGUACAGCAGAUCCUUUGCGUUUUCAUAGGCUGCUUGUAUGCAUGGGCUUUUUGAGAAAGGCUUUGGGGUUUUGCCUUUUUUUUUUUUUUUUUUUUUUUGGCACCUCAUCAAAAUACUCAUGUUUUCUUCUCAGUUUAGUGGCCUAAAUGACAAUAGAAAUAAACCUGGAAACCAAGUAAUUUUUUCAAGGCCUGGAUCACAAAUGAUUAUACAGGCACUUUUGUACUUUGUGGUAUGAUGUCUAAAGGCAAUCAUUUGUUUCCACCAAGAUGUAGUACUGAAUUGAGGGAAGACAAUGUGCAAUUUAAAAAUUAUAUAAUGAGCUUAUUCAUAUUAAAGAAUGACAGCUCCUUAUCAACCACAGUUAUAAUCGUUUUAUACACCCUGUACAUUUCUUGAUUUUUAUUUUGUGCUUCAAGUUGUGUUUUCAAUUUUCUUUCCUUUUUCUAGCAGUGUGGAAAGAAAAGCAUUACCACGUGUGAGAGCUGCUUCACUCUCAAAUGAUCUUGAUCUGCAUGCGUUCAGUAAAUCUGAUGGAUUUCUAGAAGUGCCAACGUAACAACGUGCACACGUGCAUUCUGUCCUUUGCUUUCCCUUCAGGAGGGCAGAAGGACAGACAGAAGGCUGGAAUUUGGAUGUCUCACCUUCAGGAGAUGGCCUCCUCUAAGUCUUUGAUGAACCUUCUCACCUUCAUUUUUGGCUCAGCAAUAGGAUUUUUCGUCUGCUAUCUUCUGUUCAGCAUUAUACUAGAAGAACAAGUUAAGACCCAGCCUCAUGUUCUUUACAAUGAUCCACAUGGUCAGCACUCAGCAGAUACUGACAACAAUCAGCUGCAAGGACAAAUGAAUUUCAAUGCAGAUGCUGGACAGCAUAAAGAUGAGGAUAAAAAUGUUGCAGAAGGACUGUAUCACAAGGUGAAAAUACUGUGUUGGGUCAUGACUGGACCUCAAAAUCUAGAAAAGAAAGCCAAGCAUGUUAAGGCCACUUGGGCCCAGCGCUGUAAUAAAGUACUUUUUAUGAGCUCUGAAGAAAAUAAAGACUUCCCAACUGUGGGCCUAGAAACCAAAGAAGGCAGGGACCAACUGUACUGGAAGACUAUUAAAGCUUUUCAAUAUGUAUAUGAUCAUUAUUUUGAUGAUGCUGAUUGGUUUAUGAAAGCAGAUGAUGAUACAUAUGUUAUAUUGGACAAUUUGAGAUGGCUCCUUUCAAAAUACAGUCCUGAACAACCAAUAUACUUUGGAAGAAGGUUUAAGCCUUAUGUGAAACAGGGCUACAUGAGUGGAGGAGCAGGGUAUGUUCUGAGCAAAGAAGCUCUGAAGAGAUUUGUUGCUGCAUUUAAAACAAACAAAUGCUCUCACAGUUCCUCUAUUGAAGAUCUGGCACUAGGAAAAUGCAUGGAGAUCAUCAAUGUGGAAGCAGGAGAUUCUAGGGAUACAAGUGGUAGAGAAACCUUUCAUCCCUUUGUUCCAGAACAUCACUUAAUCAGAGGAUACCUACCAAAAACAUUCUGGUACUGGAAUUACAAUUACUAUCCUGCUGUAGAGGGUCCUGGAUGCUGCUCUGAUCUAGCAGUUUCAUUCCACUAUGUUGACUCUGUGACUAUGUAUCAUUUGGAAUAUUUGAUUUAUCAUCUUCGUCCGUAUGGGUAUUUGUAUAGGUACAAUCCUGAUUCGUCGAAGAAUCCAGAAGAGCAGAGCAAAAAUGAAGCACUGGAGGAUAAUCAAAAGCUAAAGCAAAAAAUUUCUGAGGGCUAAUUGGACUUUGAAAAAACCAAAAAGAAGCCAGUAUAAUGAGUAAGAGGCUCCUCAAACUUGUGCAUGAAGCUUGUGGGCUGAAAUUACUCCUGGCGAUUCUUCUUUCAAAAAUCAAGUUGGCAGCACUUGUCACCCUGUGUACAACAGAGUGUGGUGCUGGCUCUGACUGUUUUGGAUAGUGUGACCUCGCAGCCCUGCUCACUAAGAUUUGGGGCCCUAAAGCUGUGCAAUUGGAGGUUGCUCUGGUAUAAUAACAUGUGGAAGAAUUUGUAUAAAAACCACAGUGGACAGGUUCUCAGAUGAUCGUACCGUAUUUCUGUUCCUUUUUCUGUUCUUCUCUAUUUCCUUUCUAUUAAGUCAGUUCUAAUAUUAGAAAUUGGAUGCUGCCCAGUCAAACACUUCAUGAUGGCUUUCUUAAGUAUUCUCAACAUCUUGAAGUUACCUUGUGUACCUUGCCCUAAAAGUAAGGCAGAGACACGGAAUUAGAGUCUCCAGUCUGCUUUGCCUUAACAACAGAGUGGCAGAUUUUUACCCACAAGAUUAAUCUGAAUUGUUUCAGAAACAGAAUUCACUGCUAUGAAUUACUUAUAAAGUUUUGAAUUGUGUUGUGCAAAACAAUAUGAAGUUUUUGGGGACAAAUACUCUUUUGGAGAGAAGUCCAGAAACGGUUACUGUUAUUUAAAUUGCUGAGGUGAUGCAAGCUGCUUACAUAUUUGCCUGUGGCUUUUUUUAUUUUCCUUUUAUUAACUUAUCCUUUUGGUUGAAUGGAUAUAAAAAUUCAUCUUAGCAUUUCUUAGCAUAAGGUUGAUGCUUUUGAAAAUAGAAGUCUGUGUUCCAUCCCACCUGCCACAUAAACCAGGAAGAACAGCAUCUUAGUGAAGUUGCAUUGUAACAACUUGAUUUCAGCCACUAUUAUAGUUAGUUUGUUUCCAUUUUAAUUUUCACUAGAGGUUAAAAUUUUCAGAUACAGAAAUGUCCUAUUUUAAAACUGCAUCAAAGCCAGUUUAUUUGGUUGAAGUAUUCAAUUUCACUUUUCUGAACAGUUUUUUCUUCCACUUCAAAAUUUUUUUUUAUCUGCGUCUUGUUACCUUUUUCACUACAAAGUGUUAAAUGAUCCUUUUUUCACUGUUUUUGAAGCAGAAGUACAUAGUUACUCAGGUAAACAAGCCUGAAUGCAGGGAUCUUUCAAAGUGCAUUAACCUUCUCCACUACUUCAUAAGUAUCUCUGCCUUUUAACUGGAAACACUUUCUUGGUGUGGGACAAAAUAGGUGUUUUAAUUACUGUUUUUUUUUCAGAGGCCAAAUAUAUGUUUUAUAGAAUUAAUAUAAAACUUUCUGGUUUUCUCCUUUUCAAAUUGAGCAAAUAGCAGUAUGGGGAAUGGGAUUAAGCAUGACAUGUAGUGUGUUUUUAUUUCACACUUGAACAAAAGCUUCAUCUUUUUGUUACUUUUCACCUUCAUCAUAUUGAUGAAUCUGGACAUAACCUAAUUACCUCCAGUCAUUACUUUGAAAAGGGCACAUAGUGGUAGCAGACAGCCUUAUUUACUACUGCUGGUCCUUCAGGAUGUUCCUGGAAGAUGAUGUUACCAUAAAGUACUGGAAUUUUUUUUUUCCAAAGAUAGUUCUAGUACAGAUUGGAGUUCUUUCUGUUGUCCAGCAGUAGAGUCAUUACUUUUCUUUUUGACCAUUGCUCUGCAGCACGAUGGUAAUUACUGAAACAGCUCAUGGUGUUGAAAUGCUGCACACACCUUCUCCGCCUGAAUGUAGGCUGAGUUCAUCUAUCAAGUAUUGGUUCAAUAGUUCCUGCAGGGUUAAAUCUGUUGGUCUUUAUGAGCAGCAUUGCUUCUGAAGUACUGAUAGGGACACGAGCUUUAUUUUACAUUAAUUAACUUAAGUAGACUUAACUAUAAUUGCAUUGGUUGAGGAAAGGAAAAAGUCUCCAGUUUGCUGUAGUCAGAGGGAUGCUUGUCCAGAGAACUGUGGAUGUUAACAUGCUGAAAGGUGCUUCCUUCUGUGAGCUAAAUGUUUAUCCCACAUGCAGCACAAACCAAUCAUAUUGUGAAAUCCAUAUGGAAUUGAUAACUCCAGUGUCAUUGCUCAAACAAGAAGUUAAAAUAUUCAGGAAUACUUUUAAGAAGUUAUAAAAUGAAAUCGAGAUCCCAACCUAAUCUCUUUGUAAAUUCAGCCCAUGUAGAAGAUCUGCUGAACUGCUGUACAGUUCCUUUAUUUCUGCUUUCUUCUUCAGUUCGUCCAUAGGGAUUUGGAGAUUUUCUACCACAGCAGGCAGAACUAAUCCUGCAUAUUUUCUGCAGAUUUGUGUCGUAUGUUUGCCCUGUGCUGUCCUGUGAAGCAAAAUCAUUUCCUCUUCAUGUUCCUUACUAUUAUCUUGACUUUCCAGUCUCAUCCAGUGUAAGUCUCAGGUGGACAGAAGGAAGCAGGAUGUUUGAGCUUCACACAGGUUGUUUGCUGGGGUAACAAGGUAAACCAGCCACUGCUGAGCUCAGGAUGAAGCCUUUUCUCAGCAGCAGUUCUAGUUCUUAUUUGCUGCCCAGCUGGGACUUGUGGGUUUAGCAGAGCAGGCAGGAAUAACCCUUUCCACAAAAUGUGCAGGACCUCAGAGAGACUGGAAAAGUAAAGGAGCAAGUUCCCUUUCUGAAGGGAAUAAGGCUAAGGACAUACUACCUUGAGAUAAAUGGGUGGCCUGUCUGGAGGCAUGAGUAGCCUUUUCUUCAAAUGUACGUUCUUUGUUUUAAAGUGUCCUUUAAAUCCUCUGAAUUUAAAGUGUCUUUAAUUCCUCUGAAUCUGCUUCUUUUGCCUUUAUAACAACACUACAAAGAAUUUUUUUUCUUUCCAGACAAGCUAGGAAAGUAUCAGGUUUUACAUUCUGUGAUUAUAACAGAGACCUAUUGUUCUCUGCUGAAUUGCAUUCCCAUAUCCAUGAGCUGGUACCUCUGGAAUAAUUGGGUUCUAUCUCACUGCCUUCAGAAGCCUCAGUGGACAAGGUUGGAAUGUGAACAGUUAGUACAAUUUUCAUGUACAAUAUUACACCACUAUUAGUAGUCUGCUAUUUCACUCUCAGGUCUUUGUGCUUCGAGAAAGUAUUUAUUGAGUUUGAGAAUUUUUGCAGCCCAAGGAGACUGUAUUUCAGAUGCAGAGACUUUCUGAAGCACAGCAACACGGGCUUACUUAGGCUGUGCAGAUUAUUGCUCUGUGGUUUGGUCUGGUUUCUAAGACAGGUUUCUUAAUUUUGUAAAACCUAAAAGCUUUCAUUGGCACUGUAGUGAUUUAAAUGACCCAUCUAAAAAUUUUGGACUAUUUUCUUGAAAUUACUAGGCAGUGGAUGUGGGAAUGUCCCCUACUGUGACAGAGUAACAUUUCAACCUUGUAUUAAGUGGUUUCACUUCAGAAGGAUUGAGAAUGGCAAGAAGUUACUUUCUGAUCACAGAUCUUAAUCAGAGGAGAGUAUUAUUCUUUGUUUGCAGAAGAGAGAAUUGAUCUUUGUUUGCAGAAAAGACCGAUUUUAAUCUUCUUUCACUCCCAAUUCAUUUUUGCAGUCUGUAUUUGUGUUAUUUAAGAGAUCACACACUGGUGAUGUUUGCACCAUCUUUCAUUUUGUGGAAGCUCUUUUCACAGUGCUUUUGCCUUGAAGGACACUUUCUUUGUUUUGCUUUGGUGGGGGUGUAUAUUAAAAAUCACUUUUUCUUCACCUGUUGCCAUUUGUUCUGUUAUGCUUCCAGAAGUAUAAAUUUCAGUGAGUAGCUGAUAGACCUUAUAAACACUUUGUUUUUUGAGCAGGGUGUUUUGUCUUCAUAUGACAAAAUAGUGUGGGUUAUUUCUCUGCUGUACCUGGUACUGAUGCUGAUAGUGCAUGCACAGAUGAAAAUAGACCCCUCCAAUACAGGACCACUGGGAAAGGCAGUUUUGUCCUUCUUCUGUCAAGAAAUCUUCUGUGGAACUCCGAAAGUGUAAUUUGCUUUGUUUUACCAUAUUGUAUUUAAAAGAUUCCACAAAUGUUAUUAAUAGUCUAAAAGAAUUGAAUAUUGCUGCUGGACAGUGUGCUCCACUUAAAACCUGUGAAUGUUUCACUUUGCAAUUAUAGGUAGUUGUGUUCCUAAUGGCAGAUAAAAGUUGGUGAUUUGUCUGGAAUGGUCACCAUAAGGAUUUGUUUCUUAAAUACCUUCUUUGAAGUGCCUUUGACGAAUUUUUAGCAUCAAAAUUAGGUUGAGAAUUGAAUAAAUAAAAUAAGUUAUGUCAUA